AUGAAUGAGCCUAUUUCACAGGAUCAAGAAAUUUGUAAAGCCCUCAGUAAUUUAAAAAUUACGAUUUUUAACACCUUGAUGAAUGAUGAAAUGUGGAAUAAAGUUGCUCAUGAUAUUCUUAAAACACCAUCACUUAACUUCAGUUUAAAUAAAGAAAAUAAUACUGAUAUUGUGUCAAUGAUAAAAUUGUUACCAAGUUAUGAAAAACUAUUAACAAGUUUUAAAGAAAAGAUACAACAGGCGAUCGAUUCUUGUCAACCUAAAGAUUACGAAGAUCUGUUAAUAUCAUUAUUACACCAGUGCGAGCGUGAUAAAGGCUCGUUGGAUGAAUAUCCUGGUCCCUUAUUACCAUCCACAUCAUCAUCAUCUAAAGGUUUUCCUGUGCUGUUUAAUAAACCGACAAGAGAAUCAAUUGAGUUACAAGAUAAUCUACAGGAUAUUUCCUGUAAUAAUAAUGGUUAUUUUUUAAAUGACGUGAAUUUGUUAAAAUCCUUUCAUCGAUGCUCCUCAUGUUCUAGUACAUCAUCUGUAUGUUUAUCAUCCCAUUCAUCAUCAUCGUCUACAGGACAUAGUUCAUUAACUUUGUGUGCAAUAUCAUCACCUAAAUUGUCAACAUCAUCAUCAACAUCUCCACAAAAGAGAAAACAAAAGAAAAAAGUGAAAUGUAGAGUUAUGCAAUCUACAGAGAAGAAAUUAAAUAGAUUCUCCAAUGAAAAUUGUCUGAUGCAUAGUAAUACAGAAGAGUUUCAACGUUCAACCAGUCCUUCAAAUAUGCAUAAUUCAGUUUAUUCAUUCAGUGAUGCUGAUUCGUCUAUCUCCGGUUGUUUUAAUAAUGUUGGACUAACUGUAAUGAAUCAAGACCAGUUAAUUAGUCUAGCUAGCGCUUUAGACAGCCGUUCAAGUCGUUUGGAUUGUCGUCAAAAAGCUUUGAAACAACUAGUACAUUUACCUAUAAUUGAUGUACAAGCCUGUGAAGUUUGGACGUAUUUAAAUGUGAAUGCAUCAUCAUCACCAUCAUCAUCAAUGGUAACGGUGACGACAAUGAAAACCGCACCGUCAUCAUCAUCUUCAUUAAUUUCUUCAGUUAAAAACAUCAAUUCAACACACAAUAGUUUGGCUACUUCUAAUUCUAUAGGUAGUAAUGUUGGUGUAUUAGAUAAUCGUAUGUCAAGUAAAGUAUCAUUAUCAUCAAAAUUAAAAAACUACAACAUUGGCCAUCGAUUCAGAUCACCUGAAGGAAAUCAUUUAGUUCGUGGUCAAACUAGUGAUAAUAUUGAAAAUAUUCAUAGAAAACCAAUUCAUCCUACAAGUAACAAUGAUAAUCGUUUAAGAAUGAUUACAGCUGGAGGUUUAAGAAGUGGUUUAGCUGAUGCACUAAAUGAUGAAGAUGAUGUUCUGUGGAGUCUUUCAUUACGGUAUAUUAGUAAAGGACUUUCCACUACACCAUCAAAUAUUCGUGAAACUUACAGUCUAUUAGUUGAAUAUCUUCAGCUACAGUUCACUAAAAAUGCACAUCAUUACCCACUUCUUGCUGAUGGUGUCGACUUCCAUUCCAAUCGUAACAACCGAGUUUUAAGAGCAUGCUACUUAAUGAAUAGAUUUCAUCAAAUGAUUCCUUCUUAUUGGAUUCGUUACUCAGAACAAUUUGUGAAUGAAAUUAUUGAAAAGUGUCUAACUAUCUUAUCGAUAGGCUGUGAAGCGUAUAAUAGUGGUCAAAGUUGUGAUCAACUUCGUUUAAUGCCUAUUCAUUUAUUUAGUCUUGUGGAUUGUGAAGCAAAAUGGUGUACGCAAUCUACUCAUGGGGCAUACUGUUGUACUGCUUUUAUUACCCAGUUGAAGAAAAAUCGUGAACUUUUUGAAUAUAGUGUACGUAUGUGUUUAAUUUACAUGAAUACACAGGAUGAUCUGGAUUUACAUUCGUCCAAUGGUGUGAAUUUAUCGAAUUUACAUACAAACAGUUAUCACUACACAUCUGCAGACUUGGUUUACGCAUCAUUUCUUCAUUCUAUGCAGUUAGUAGGUCGUAUUCUCUGCUUUUCUCAUGGGCGUAAUUUAUUUCCUAUCGAAAUUAAAUGGAAAAAUAUUGCCUCAGUGAUAAACACAAAUCAACUGAUCACAGUGAAUACCUUUCUAUGCACAAUGUUGCAGUUUUUAUACAACAAUAAGUUCGAUGUGAAAAAUAUUCAUAAGUCUUAUCAUCCAUUUGUUAUCAUAAAAAGUUGUCUAACAAAACUUGCUACGAAUGAAUCACUUUGUAAGAAUUCUUUUACAAAUAUGAAUGUUUCGAAAAAGAACAGUGUAUUACAACGUUUUGAUACGUGUCAACUACGUCAAAUGAAUUCGACAAAAUCACCUAUUGAACGUAAAGAAUACUUGAAUUCAUUACUUUGUUUUAAUGAAGACAACUUUUCAUUUAUCGUAUUAUUAAUAAAAUAUCUUAUUGAAGUCUCUUCAAUUGUGAACAAAAGCCAACUGGAAACAGCGUUCGUCUAUAAAUUGGAUGCAUUUGUUGGAAUAUUACACAAUAUAUUAUCACAUGAAACUGGUCAGAUAAUAUUUCAAAAUUUGUUAAGUCAACCUUUAGAAUUAAUCAGGAAUUUAUUAGAACUUACAUUGGAUCUUUUAUGUCAAUUAUUUGAAAUGAUGACAACCAAUUCUGAUGGCAAUGA